ACACACACACACACACACACACACACACACACACACACACAACAAUGUUCAUUAGUUGACCAAAGCAGUGACGUCUCACUUGAGCCACUUAUCUCAUCAGAGCACUUAAAACUGCGAGUAGCAUUGCAGACUUACAACGUCACCUUCGCUCUGGCAGACAGGACAUGAAUCAGUGCUAAUGUUAGCCGCUAGCUGUGAGGUGGUGGGCUAUUCGGAGAGUCCAAAAGACACCAAAGACGACAGCCUUGAGUUGCACUGACAGUUGUGUGGAGCGUGAGCAGGGUGGUCGUUUUCCAUACCAGCAGAGGACGACCGGCGUCACUGGACAUAUCACAGAUUAUUUCACCGAGCUGCUGAGGGUUGGGAUCAAACAGUACCAUGGAUGUACUCGCCUUAGAGGCAAAGAGCGUGAAUGGACCUGAAGCUGAUAAGAAGUCUGCACCGAGGCCAAAACCAAAACCUCCCAAAAAGGCCAAAAGGAUUGUUUACUUUGAGGUGGAGAUCGUGGAUUUGAAGACCAAGGAGAAACUGCUGCUGCUGGACAAGGUGGAGCCAACUGCUACUGUCUUGGAUAUUAAAGCUUUGUUUCAAAAAUCAUAUCCGAAGUGGUAUCCAGCCAGACAGUCCCUUCGUUUGGAUCCAAAGGCCAAGAGUCUCAAGGAUGAGGAAGUUCUGCAGACACUUCCUGUGGGAACCACGGCCAGCUUUUACUUCAGUGACCUCGGACCUCAGCUCACAUGGGCAACGGUGUUCCUGGCAGAGUGUGCUGGCCCUCUGAUCAUCUACUUAAUGUUCUACUUCCGCCUGCCCUUCAUCUACUCUCCGAAAUAUGACUUCACCACCAGCAAGCACUGGGUCGUACACUUGGCCUGCAUGUGUCACUCCUUCCACUACAUCAAGAGGAUUCUGGAGACAAUGUUCGUCCAUCGUAUCUCCCACGGCACCAUGCCUCUCAGAAACAUAUUUAAGAACUGUGGUUAUUACUGGUGCACUGCAGCCUGGAUGGCGUACUACAUCAACCAUCCUCUCUACACCACGCCCUAUUACGGGCAACAGCAGGUGAACACAGGACUUUACGUUUUCUUGUUCUGUCAAGUAGGGAAUUUUUCCAUCCACGUUGCUCUUCGUAACCUAAAACUACCAGGUUCAAAAGCAAAGAAGAUUCCUUACCCAACGAAAAAUCCCUUCACGUGGAUUUUUUGGCUGGUCUCUUGUCCGAACUACACAUAUGAGCUGGGCUCCUGGAUCGGCUUCACAGUGAUGACCCAGUGUGUGCCUGUGGCUUUUUUCACCGUCGUGGCCUUCAUCCAGAUGACUGUGUGGGCCAAAGGCAAACACCGCAGCUACUUAAAGGAGUUCAGAGAUUAUCCGCCUCUGCGCUCCUCCAUACUUCCCUUCAUCCUGUAGAGCCUUGGCAAAGAAAUCCAUCCAUCCGCUCACUGAUCGGGCUCCUAUCCGGGGGCCUCUAUCCAGUGUGUGCCGGGGUUAACAGCUCGGAUGGAUUCUGGUCAUAUGGACUCCAUGUAACAUUUUCUCACAUGUCACUUCAUAACGAGGAGUUACUCUGAGUGUUGGACUGGUGAAUGCAGAACUGUUACAGGCAAAGAAAGACUUCAGAGUUAAAUACAGCAAAGUCUUAAUUUAAUGUUGAGCUUGAAGAGCAAGAGGAUGACCUUUUUUUGCUACUUUGGUAAGUUGUAACUUGGUUGAUAGAGAGUGCUGUUAAGUUAUAUUAAAAAAUUAUUAUUAUUAUUUUGAUAGCCUGAAAUGGUAAAGGAAGUCUCCCACAGAGUCGAGAAACCAAGAGGCUGAUCUCAGAUAUCAGAUUAGUGUGCAGCCUGGAGCUGACAACUUUGUGGCCUCAUGCAAUAUUCAGCUGUCCUGACUGAUCGACGAGACCUUUACACAAUAGCAGUGUUAGUUGUACCCGGACUAGAAAUUCAAUGCAGAUUCUCAAGUUGUCCACCAUGGGUGAUUUACAGUCUUUUUCUUUUUGUCUGCUCAAGAAUCUGAUUUAGGAAAAAAAAAAAAGUAAACAAUGUGAUCAUUUUUGACAUGAACUCGAUUAAAAAC